AUGCUGCACUGGUAUCAAGUCCAAUUGGCAAGGAGGCCAUUGCUUACACAGAGCGUCGGGAGUGCUAUCCUCUUCGGUGCUGGAGAUGUUCUCGCCCAACAGCUCGUAGACCGCGCAGACACAGAGCACCACGACUAUGUCCGCACUGCCCGAAUGGUCCUGUACGGUGGUGCCAUCUUCGGCCCCGGAGCCAGCACUUGGUACAAAUUCAUGGAUCGGCACAUCAUCCUGAGCAGCCCCAAAAUCACCCUCGCUGCCCGUAUCGCCGGUGACCAAUUGCUCUUCACCCCAACACACAUGUUUGCCUUCCUCUCCUCCAUGUCCAUCAUGGAGGGCAAGGACCCCAGGGAGAAACUGCGUAACAGCUACUGGGCCGCCUACAAAGCCAACCUGAUGAUCUGGCCAUGGGUUCAGGCUGUCAACUUCACCUUUGUGCCCUUGCAGCAUCGCGUGCUGGUGGUCAAUCUUGUCAGUCUUGGCUGGAAUUGCAUCCUCAGCGUCAUCAACAGUAGGAAACAGUAA